AUGGCCCGCCCGGCAGGCAUCGCGAUUUUUAUUCAAGACAAGCCCAAGGGUCUGGCGAACAAGGCAGAGGCUCGCGAUGACGAUGCCGAGAGUCCGCCGGACAGCAAUCCAAAUGAGGACCGUUCAGAGGACAAAGAACUCCCAAAAUCCACAGCAAGGAACGGAGCUAAAGAAAAUGAUGAAUAUUACAGCCUCAAAAUGCACCGUGAAGGUCCCAAUACUGAGAGUGGCGAAUUGGGCCCGAAAUCCAAAUCAAAUGGUGUUAAACGCCAUAAUGAAGACAUGGCCAACCGUUAUGAUAAGCGUUGA